GAACAGAUGGCGAUAGGGAGUCCGCGGUUCUAAGUUCGUAGUGAAAAAUGGCCGGCGCCAACGAUUGUUUCAGCAUCGGGAGUACGGUGGCCUGUAAAACCUGUUACAAGGAGGAGAUCGAAGGCGAGGUGUUAGCAUUCGAUCCACAAACUAAAAUGCUAAUCCUAAAAUGUCCGUCAUCCAGCGGAUCAACAACGUUAAACGAUGUACACAUAGUAAAUUUAUCCUUGGUAUCAGAGGUCCAAGUAAAGCGGGAAGUUAGCCCUACCACUAGCGAGCCACCACAAAGCCUUAAUUUACAAAAGCUGAACAGAAGAGUACGUAAUCAAAUUGAAGAGAAGAAAAAACUGGUAAUGGCUCUGCAGGCCGGAGUAUCUCCAGAGGGACAAAGACUCUUCAGUACUAUAUCAAAAACUAUCCCAGAAAUUACGUGGAAUGGAGUAAAUAUUGUUGUAUUUGACAAUGUCACAAUCAGACCACCAUAUAAAGUUGACAACGUUCAUGGAAACAUAGAAUCUGGAGCAUAUAAACAUGUAAAGAAAGUGGUUGAAAAACACAUUAAAGAUACGGAAGCGUCGCAACAGGCACAACAGCGGGAACAACAACAACAGCAACAGAAGCAAAAAGGAGAAGUUCCAGUCUUUGAGGAAAAGUAGGAAAUGACGAUAACAAGAUACUAAGAAAUUAUGAAAAAAAGUCACUGCAAAACUACUACAUAAGCCUAUCAAGAGAACCAGCAUCACAGAUUAAGUUCAAAUUUAUUUGAAUGAAAACACACUUCACAGGAAUCAAAUGUGAAUUGAUUAUUGAAAUUUUAAAUGAGUAUCAAAUGUUUUGAUAAUAUCGUAUGAGCAGCAUUUUCAAAAUCAAUAAAACACACCAUACUAAACUUUUUAGUAAAGAGCAUGAUCUUUGACGAAGAAUGCUGUUUAUUGUAUCUAACAAGCUGCCAUACAACUUUAGGUUCUGCUGGAAUUACAUGUGCUCUGAUGCAGGUGUGUUUUAGUUUAGUUUAACAUUGUUAUAAAAUACGUUUAAUAGUUGUUUACAGAUUAUUGAUGUACAUGAUGGUAGCAUAAUUCGGUUGCCAUGUGAAUAUCAACUUUUUUAAAAAUACAAAUCGAUCGACGUGGUAUAAUUUAAGUCCGUAUGAAACGGUUCAAUAUAUUUUUAACUACUACAUCGCAAGUGGAAAAGUAACAAACGAUCAACGAAAAUUUUCAUACGCGAAACAUCCGACUUCAAUACUGAUUCAAAUUUUACGUUCACUCGCUGAUUGUAAUAUCAUUUCUUUUUAAUCGCUCAUUAUAGUACUGUCGAUCUCUUGGAAUUUGUAAACAAACAAACGAAGAGAAAAAAAAACAUGAUCGUCGCAAUUCGUUGCAAUUCAUCGCGCCUGCGUCGGCACGAGACGUAUUCGAUCGCGACGUGACAUUGUAAGCUGAAAAUGGAUAUCCCCUUGCAUAAAGCAAGCCAUAAAAUUGUUAUUUAAAUGAAGACAUCAAGCUUGGUUUGUGCAAGGGCAACCUAUACCUGUAACGAUAUAUUUACAGGUAAUUUCAUUUACAAUGAUAAAAUAUAGAACUCGUCUCGUGCCCUUUACCUUUUGAACGCGGAAAGACAGAAGAAAAGAAAGGAAGAUGAUAAAAAUUAAUUACAUAAAAAGACACAAAUAAAUGUAAUAUAAAUUCUA